AUGUUAUUCCCACAACCUGCUCAAUCAAAGGACGCCAUCCAUCAGAUUCUGAAUGGCCUUGCUCAUAAGUUACCCUAUUAUAGGAGUGUGUACUUGAAGCCAGGCGAUAAGGUCCUGAAUUGGACAGUGGGUCCAGUGGGCGAUCUCAAACCAUGCAUUUCAUUUGUUAAACGACUCUUCUAUGCAAAUUCAUCAGCAAUACAGGUUUUUUUCAGUGGAGUUGAGAUUUUCAUGGGUGAUGGUCCUCGAGGAGUGAAGGUGAUUUCUGACCAUUUUUCAGCUUCGACCUCCACUGCAAAUGCUCUUCCAAGUCCAACAUCAUCUGUCACAGAUAUAAAAACUAAUAGCGAUUUGAGGUCCAAUAGUUGGGCUCGAAAUAAAUUAAAAAGUGCUGCAUCCAUGUUGAACCUGUUUAGUCUAAGGAGGCUUUCUUGGGGAUCAGGUGCAGAUGGUCAGGAAAAGGUUUUAUUAAGUGCUGUGGAGGUAGAAUCUCUUCGUUCAGAAAUAGCUGAUUUAGAAGAGAGGGAAUCUCACUACAAAGCUCAGUUAGAACAUCUUGAUGAAAUAUUGAGAUCUGCUCGUCUUUCAAGCUAUCUGUACAUAAGAUCGCGAUGGGAAGCGUUACCGGGAGAACCUCCUCCUCUUGAUGACGCUGAAGUUGAUGACUGGCUUCCACGCUUCGUAGUUCUUCAGGGAUCAUAUAUCUAUUUGUUUUUAUCAUCCGCCGAUUUGAGUCCACAGGACUCCACCCUCCUAUCUGAUAUAGUUGAAGUUGAUUCUCUUCCAUGCCUUACAAGAGAAGAUGAGGAAACUCGAUAUUGCUUUUAUAUCCUAACUCGUCAUGGACUGCGGUAUGAGUGCUCAAAUGUCUCUAAGAUACAGGUUGAUUCUUGGGUGGCAGCACUAAAGAUUGUUUGCAAGUUGGGAAGUGAUGCAAAAGAUAUUAACGAUACGAGAACAAUGUAA